CUCAAGUUUCACGUGACUUGUAGGGGACGCGGCUUCCGGACUCACGGAAUGGUGCAUUUCCGGCCACCGAGGAGCUCCGCUGGCAGAGACGCAGACAAAGCGCGUAACUGCGAAACAAAGGGUGACGCCGACCGACGGCCGUAGUCAUGGCGGCGCCGCAGCCCAGCCAGGCCGCUCAGAGCCCCGCGGCGCCGCCCGAGCAGCCGGAAGGAGCCGGCGACUGUGGGGCCCCGGAGCCCGACUCUGUGAGCUCCCCGGCCCCGGAGCUCCCCGGCGCGCCCGCAGCUUUGAACGCGGCGCCGCAAGCUGACGCCGCCCCUCGGCCCGGAGCCUCUCGGCCCGGCCCCGAGACCUUUCGCCAGCGCUUCCGGCAGUUUCGCUACCAGGACGCGGCCGGUCCCCGAGAAGCCUUCCGGCAGCUGCGGGAGCUGUCCCGCCAGUGGCUGCGGCCCGACAUCCGCACCAAGGAGCAGAUCGUGGAGAUGCUGGUACAGGAGCAGCUGCAGGCCAUUCUACCCGAGGCGGCCCGGGCUCGGCGGCUGCGGCGCCGCGCGGACGUGCGCAUCACCGGCUGAGCGGCGGAGCCUGGGGCUCCCUGGACUGACGACACCCUACCCCAAGUUAAUAAAAAUUGAAUUUUGACAGCUC